AUGCGUUCGAAUCGCCUCGGUCGCAAGAGUGCUAUCGAUAGCACGCGUAUUGUAGUGGAGGCUCCACGCUCUAUAGAUCCAUCAAAUUAUUGCUUUGAAUCCAUAAUAUCAGCUUUAGUUAAAAUGAAGAUGGCUGGAAGAGCAACUGGAGUAUCUCAGAAAAUCCGACAUAUAGCAGCUUCAGCACCACCAAAAUGCGGUGAAGAUACUAGAGCUGCUGAAAGUGACGGAAAUGUGACCCCACUUAUGUGUAGAGCUACUCGAACAAUCGAACUUUUAAUGCAUCCAGGCGAACCAUAA